AUGGUCGCCACCGCUUCGCUUCGCGGCGUGGCGAAGGCAAAAGAGCUGCGGGCGAGGCCGACGGACGCGCCGAAGGAGCUUCUCGGAACUUUCCACCAAGUUUCCGGCGCUGCUCACUCGCCAGCCCAUAGACUCGCAACUGGAAGACUCGCACGCAGCCCUCAGAGGCGGGCUCCUCUUCGAGGCCGUCUGUUCCGGUGCUCCCCCGAGCGGAAAUGUUAUUUUCUUAAAAAUCAAGCAAAUGACUAUCCUGAAUUCUUCGUGAAUCAAGACAGACUUCAGGAAAAUAUGCCAUCCAGUCAGAUCAGACCUCCCACAUCAGAGCUUUUAGAGCUUCAUGUUCUUUAUGUUCCGGAAGAUGUGUGGAAUUUUAAGUUGAAGACAGUUCCUGUUGAUGUUAUUAGCAAAUUCCUUUCAGCUGGAUUUAUAAGGGUGUCACCUCAUUUGACAUUAAGAACAUUGAGAAAGCAUCUUGGAGAGUACCUAGGUGAAGAUGUAAUUGUGGAUAAAUUUAUCUUUCUAAAAUGUAUAGGGAAGAAACUUGCAGUGGUGAAAACAAAGCAAGAGACAGAACUGAAGCUCAAAUUGUUUGCUCCUCCCUAUGCAUUUUAUCCUGAACUGUAUUUGUUACCAGUAGAAGAAAGUAUUUAUUCAUCAUUAUCAGCUCCAGAGAGACACCACAAUAAUGCAGAAUACGUGCUGGCAUGCGCAUCACAUCACAGACCACACAGUUUACCUGCUCCAAAUCUUGAUGGUCAAAUCUCACCAGUUUUUGGAAGUUCCUUGAAAAAUCAAUUCAGUCAGACUCAGGAAAAUGUUGAUUUUUUAGGAUGGAAUGAAGGUGAAAAGGAAAGUGCCCCAGUUCUACAUAUAAAACAGAGCUCUGAGCAAGAAAAUAAUGAAAGGAUUCAAGAAAAAAGUAGCUCUCAAAGAAAAAAAGGAGAAACUCAACAGAAGACAAGCAAAAGCGAAUCCAUUGCAUUGCCCUUUACUCAGCAUGAUUUAAAUCCUGCAAGACAGAACGCUGAAAAAAAAAUGGCAUCAGCAAAAAUGCAUCAGAGUAAGUCACACAGCCACAUUCAAGAAAAGCUUAAUAAUUCCAGAAAAGAAGAACCCUCUAACAUGUUGGAUUCAGGUGCAAAAAAUGGGGUCAGUCCACCAGGUGAUGGAAUGUGGAGACAUACCACAGGAGAUUCUGGAAUCCCAGAAUCCUUGGAAGACAGAGACCUGGAAUAUUUAUACAGCAAGAGCCACCAGCAUCAUCAAAUUGCCAAGUCUGCCACUGGGACUGAUAGUGCACUGGAUCAUCAGACUGACAAGAAUGGGCUAAGUGACCUUGCAAAUCCAAGCCAGUUUCUUUCCCCUCCUACUCCACCUCUUCUAGCUGUGUCUAUAAACAAAGCUGCAGUUGCCAAUAAACCAUUUCCAAUAGAGGGUAAUGAAUUGAAUAUUCAGCUACAACAUAUCAAAGCAGAAAGAAAGCACCUGGAAGAGACUAGAGAGGAGCUAGUUAAAAAAGUAAAAAGCUUGCUUGAGCAGAACAAGUUCAAAAGAUAUUAUGCCCGAGAGUCCUGGAAAAAGAAAUAUUUUGAAGCAAAGAAAGUGACAUUUUCAAUGGAGGAAGUUUUAAAUAAAUUGCGGGAAGAUUUAGAGCUUCACUAUCAGAAAUUAUUGAUGCAACUGCAAGCCAGGAAUGUCAGGAAAAAACGAAAUAAUUUAACCCACAGCAUCAAUUCAAAGAAUAAUACAAUCAUUCAGAUCACAACUCUGCAGCAUGAAAUUGACCAACUAAGAAGAAAGCUAGAUCAUGCAAAAAUGAAGCUUAUCAUAGAAAUCAAGAUGAGGAAGCAAGCCACUUUUGAUUUACAAGCACUGAAAGCGGAACUGGCACACAAAAAGGUUCAAUCUUCUUUAAAACUUCAGUCUGAAAAAUAAGUGCCUUAA